GAUUGUUUCUAAUUUCCAAGGAAACCUGGAUACUGUUUGUUUAAUUGCAAGAAAAGUACCCAAACCCCAAUGGUACAAAUACCAUUUGCCUUGAGAGAUGUAGAAAUUGGAUUCUACUCACUUUGUCCCAUCUUUAUUGGAUGAGAGAUGCUCUGGCUUCUCCUGACUCUCCCAGCACGUGCCCUUGAUGCACGUGUGUGAGAGCUGGGCUUUUCAUUAGUUAGAUAGUCUCAUCAUCAAGUGGGGCCGUAUGUGAAACUAAAUGUUUAAUGAAAGUGACCUAUGGUCUACGUUCGAUGUACAUUUGCUACCCAUCUGAUUGAUUAUAUUGGCUUCAUAAUCUGUCGGCUUGAUGGAUGACCUGGAUCUCAUAUGUGUGAUCCAUUGGCAUGUUUUGGUCCAACUCCUGUGAAUGGUUCUCAAACCUGUUGAAGCUUAGCCCCUCGGCUUCUGACGAGUGUGACUCAGUUGGAACCGAGAGUCCUCUCUGGACAACUCGGUCAACUCAAUAAGACUUAAACUGGACUGAAUCAACUAAGGGAGGAAAUAACCCUUUGAUAUUUGACUCAUUAUCCAUUGAAUUCUGUACCUGAGUGGAUAAUUGUGCGUAAAAAUGCAGGCUGAUGUAUUCUUCAUCUGGGUCCGCAAUGCAGAAGGCAAUGGAUUAGCUCAAUGUACAUCUGCAGCACACCUGAUGAGUCCUGUCAAUGAGAAAAUAAAAGUUCAGAUAACCACUUUCUAAAGAAAAGAACAACAAUAGCAAUAACGAGAAGAAGAAAAGAACAAUAACAACUACCACUUCUCAAAGAAAAGAACAACAAUAGCAACAAUGACCACAAUAAAAAGAACGGAACAGGGACUUGAAUUCUCACUGUAAAGGUGAUUGAAAGAUGGAAACAAUGGAAUACAAGAACUGGGUUGUCAAUGUUAAGGAGGAGGUCGAACGUAUGAGUAUCUCCAACGAAGAGGAGAUCUGGAAGAAGCAUUCCAUUUACAGGAUACCGACGUGGUGCGCGGAUCUCAACCGCAAGGCUUACAUGCCUCAGGUGGUCUCUUUUGGGCCCUACCAUUAUGGCGAGACCCACCUGAAACCCAUGGAAGAACACAAACGUAGGGCUCUCGUUCACUUACUCAAGCGAACAAACAAGCCCAUUAAGCAUUACUUGGCUGCAAUGAAGGAAGUCUUGCAGCAGCUGAUGGACUCUUUUGAGCAGCUUGACGAGGAAUGGAGGGAUAGUGAGAAGUUCCUCCUGCUGAUGAUUUUAGAUGGGUGUUUCAUGCUCGAGAUCUUGCGCUCGGCUGAUGAGAUCUCCAACAACUACGCUUCCGACGACCCGAUUUUCGGCAAUCAUGGUAAACUCUAUAAUAUGCCUUUAAUCAGGAGAGAUAUGCUGAUGAUUGAAAACCAGGUUCCUCUACUGGUGCUGGAGAAAUUGAUAGCUGUUGAAAAAGGAGGCAAGAAUGAAGAGUACAUACACGAGUUGAUACUGAAGUUCUGCACUUCCAACGCAAAAGCCACGAAUAUGGGCCUGGGCCUCCAUGUAUUAGACGUAGUCAGGAAGAGCAUGCUUCACAUCCCACAUCCUCGGCCCAGUUCUUCGACCACACCGGUACCCUUCCCUUCUCUCCCAUCCUUUCCCGCCCACCCAAGCACGGGCGAGAUCAUCCAGUCCGCCUGGGAGCUCUACGAGGCCGGCAUUCGGUUCAAGAAGAGCAAGACCCAGAGCCUCAAAGACAUCAAGUUCCGUCACGGAAUCCUCAGGCUCCCUGUCAUAGUCGUCGACGACACCACUGGUUCCACCUUCCUCAAUCUAAUGGCUUUCGAGCGGCUUCAUGUGGGGGCUGGUAAUGAAGUAACGUCAUAUGUCUGUUUCAUGGACAACCUCAUUGAUUCAGAGAAAGAUGUCAGCCUUCUCCACUCCAAAGGCAUCAUCCAGAAUGCUAUAGGGAGCGAUAAAGCUGCAGCGAAGCUCUUCAAUGAACUCUCUAAGGACGCCACGCUCGAACCAGAUGGUAACCUGGAAGAUGUGCAAAGGAAGGUGAACGACUACUGCAAGAAGCAAUGGAACGAAUGGCGGGCCAACCUCAUACAUACUUACUUCAGGAGUCCAUGGGCUGCUCUCUCCCUCAUCGCUGCCGUUUUCCUUCUGGUCCUUACUGUGCUUCAGACUGUCUACUCUAUUCUUCAAUACUAUUAGAUUGUUAAUCUGUAAUUUAGAUUUCUAUAUCUGUAAUUUUCUAUUAGGAUUUGUUAAUUAGAUGAGGUAAACCUGAUUUUAAAUUAGGAAUCUUCUGAAUAUAGUUUGUAU